AUGCCGUCCCCUCCACCGCCGGCGCGUCCGGCGCGUCGCCAGUUUAUGACGACCAUGACGGCCAAGAAAGCAGCCAAACAGCAGAGCAACAAGGCUCUACCCGUGACGCCGUCCGCUCCAGCAGAAGCUCGCCCUACCCACAUGUUCCCCGCCGACCUGAGGAAACCCCUCGAUGCCGUCGCCGACCCCGUCUAUCUCAAUCCCCUGAUCGCCUUCUACAUUCUCGCUGCUGCCCACGCCCUGGCUGCUGUCUACUUCCCCAUACAAGAUUGCGACGAGGUCUACAACUACUAUGAACCCACUCACUACCUCACCGAUGGCUAUGGCAAGCAGACAUGGGAGUACUCUCCCGAAUAUGCAAUCCGCAGUUGGGGCUAUGUCUCUCUUCAUGCCAUCGUUAUAGGACUACGUCGCAUCAUCCCCGUCUGGGGUUUGCCCAAGGUCUGGAAAUUCUACUUCUUGCGCAUUAUGCUGGGUGCCAUCUGUGCCGGCUCUGAAGCCAGACUCUACUCCAAGAUUUCACGCACUCUUAAUCCUAGACUCGGCAUGCUGUUCUUCCUCAUCAUGCUCACCAGCCCUGGCAUGUUCCAUGCAUCUGUCUCGUUCCUGCCCUCAUCCUUCUCCAUGUACACCACUGCUCUUGGUAUGGCUGCUUUCAUGGACUGGCGCGGAGGUAUGCGUACCGCCCAGGGUAUGAUGUGCAUGAUUGGCGGUGCCUUCCUUGGUUGGCCUUUUGCAGCUGCCCUCGUCGCACCCUUUAUGGUCGAGGAGUUCAUGCUCGCUUAUUUCACUGACAAACAAGAAUUCAUUGACUUCUUGUACCGCAUCCUCGAUGGCACUGUUCGCUCUGUCAUUGUGCUUGUGCUGCAAUUCUGCUUUGAUGCUUUCUUCUAUAGAAGAGUUGCUAUCGUGCCUUACAACAUUGUCUGGUACAAUGUUAUUGCUGCUCGCGAGGGCAAAGGCCCUGAUAUUUACGGCACCGAACCCUGGCAUUUCUACGCACGCAAUCUCUUGCUGAACUUCAACAUCUGGUUCAUCAUCGCUUUGGCCGCUAUGCCUCUCUACUUCAUUCACACCUUUGUUCUUCGUCAACCUAUUUUCAAGCAGGCGAAUCUGCGCGGUGUCUUCUUCCUGACUCCCUUUUACCUCUGGUUGGCAAUCUUCACACUUCAGCCUCACAAGGAAGAGCGUUUCAUGUACCCUAUAUACCCUGCGCUGGGCUUCAACGCUGCAAUGGGCGCGCAUGUUCUUCUCACUUGGCUCGGCACUUCUAAUCCUCGUUCCCUCAUCGCCAUGAUUCCUGCCAAGUUGAGACUAUUCUUCGCUGCGCUCUGCUUCAUUGCUGCUGCUGACUUCGGAGUCUGGAGAACCUUUGGUAUGAUCACCGCUUACAAUGCUCCUUUGAGUGUAUACGCACCUCUGCGCGCACCUGGCGUUUCGCAACCUGGCGACAAUGUUUGUCUGGGCAAGGAGUGGUAUCGAUUCCCUUCUUCAUACCACCUUCCUACUGGUGUUAGUGCCAAGUUCGUGAAGAGCGAGUUCACUGGUCUGCUCCCUGGCGACUUUAGUCAGGCUGACAGUGGCUUUGGUCUGUAUCCUGGCGCAUGGCUUAUCCCAAGUGGAAUGAACGAUGAGAAUAUAGAAGAUCCUAGUAAAUAUACCAAACUAUCACACUGCUCUUUUAUGGUCGACUCGACCUUCCCUGGCACCGAGCCGUCUGCUCUAGAACCAGACUAUAUCAACCAGACAGAGACCUGGGAGAAGUUGUCAUGCAAGCCAUUCCUGGAUGCUUCGCGUACUGGAAUUAUUGGUCGCAUUGGAUGGAUCCCUGACUGGGACUUCAUUCCGACCAAGUACCGCCGCCAAUGGGGGGAAUACUUGUGGUAUCCUUCGGACUUCAAGAGGCCAACCGCCGCACCAUACCCCGAUUGGUCCCUCGAAACAACCAAGCCUCUGCCAUAUCGACCUUUCCGCUAUGGGCCUAAGUACAACAUCACUAUGGGCUUGCGCACCAUGAACUGGGAUGAGUGGAUUGAACUAGACAACCAUUACCCUAGGUUCCACGCUGACAAGAAGCGACGCAUCGAAGAACGAGGUAGCAAGUGCUUUCAUACAGACCCAAGCCCGCAAGUCUUCGAUGGUGCUGUAGAGCUUCUGGAAGAGCUUUGUGGCUACCUGCCCGAGCGUUACCCAAGCAUGUUUCGCAAGACUGAACAUGGAAUGGUCAACUUGUUCUCAGACGAGACUUUCGAUAUCAGGAAGGAUGUCUUGACCAUGAACGGUAAUCGUGAAGACCCUAUGCAGAUGGCUGCACGUAUGGUACAAGAUGACCUGGCCAUCAUGUUCGAAAAGGAGGAUGGCCAGAUGUAUCUUCUCGCUGGUGCGAUCUUGCUGCCAGGGUUCUGGCGUCUGCAAGACAAGUUGGGUAUGUCCCUCGACGAGAUUCACUAUAGCGGCGACGUCCCUGGCUAUCACGACAAACUCCGCAAAGGCAUGAACAACUUCUUCCGCCGCAUCAAACCCGAAGCCCCAGUAAAACGCAACAACUACUUCCUCCAAGUAGACGAAGAUCUCGCUUGGUCAUACAGCAUCGGACCCGAAGACGAUGGUGAACCCUCCUGGGAUACCGCCGCUGCCAAUCGCGCCAUCGAACACCAUUACUUCCGCUCCGAGUGUCAGUCACUUCGCCGUCUACCUAGAUCUGGAGGUGUGUUGUUUACCAUUCGCACGUACUUCCACCCCAUCACAGAAAUUGCGGAAGAGGAUUAUGUGCCUGGAAGACUGGCUAGUUCGAUUAGGAGUUGGGGUGAUGAUGUUAGCAAGUACAAGGGUAAGGCAAAGUAUGGGGAUGUGCUGUUGAAUUAUCUGGAUAAGAAGCAUGAGGAGCAAGUGGCCAAUGGAUUGGACUUGAGUAGAGAAGACGAGUGUAGAGCAUAUCCUUACUGA